AGGUUGGGAAGUAAGGGAUACAUGGAGACGACACUGCUAUUGGGGACCAAGUGGAUGUAAAGAAGAACUUCCCGAAGGCCAGCCGGAAUGGUACUGGUCAUUGUUGGAGUUUGGCGUGAAAUUGAAACGGCAUGCUCCUUACUUUGGACUGACUAUUGUUAUGCCUACGAUUAUCACCUGCCUUUUGACGUUGAGCUCAUUCUGGAUUGAUACAAGCUCGAUGGCAAUCGCGCUGAUCAUUUUCAAUGUCCUUCUUCAAGGCCUAUUUGGGUGGGAUCUCAUUCGUGAGCUCCCUCCUGGCAGUGGAAGCAUUCCGAAGAUUGUAUCUCUCUACGGAUUCAAUCUCUCCAUGACUACCAUUGCCUUUAUAAUCCACGUGCUGUCACAAUUCUUCGAGUCGGUUCUACCGGAUGAUUUAGAGCUUCCUGAAACGGUUACUUCGCUGCCCGAGAAAUUACGAAUGGGACAACUUUUCCAAGUGAAAGGACUUUCGUUCGAUCCUCAGCUCCUUCUAAACUAUACACCGGAAGAAGAAGAUCCGAGUGAGUUCAAUUCACCUAUUUCUUCAAUCGGACCUCCGAAUGCUCUCGAUGAAGAACAGGCUGAAGAUGGUAGUAGAAGAAACACUGAUGGCGAGACACUGAUUCCUGUGGAAACCGGAAGUGAGUAA